GGAGCAGUCACGUGCCAAGCGUUUUCGCGCCUCGGCAGUUAACGGUUAACGCAAUUUGCAUAUUGCAGGCUCACUCAUCCCUCAUAGCUCCUGCUUUUUCUGGAGAGUAAGCUCUUUUUUUUUUUUUUUAAGAAAAGGGACCAUAUUAAUGAAAAUUAAAAAAUAGGCACCAUGCCCCACUAGACUUGUGAGAAAACAGCUUUCCCAAGCGACUUGCGAAUGUGUUGGUUUUACAUUUUAUUUUUCAACAAGAAUUUGCCAUUUUGCCCUCACCCUGUGUUGAGUGAGUGGAGAGGGGUGGGUGGGAAUUAGUUGCUCAUAACUUAAUUUUACGGUGUGGCCCUAACCUAGUCUGUUCAGAAAUAAUUCCUGCUGAAUUCAAAGGAUUUUGAAUCCAGGAAACAGGAAUUAGGAUUGCCGUCUUAGUCAGGUUCUGUAUCUGUCGCAAACCCACUUUGCCAGAAAGGGGGUGAUACGCAAAUAAACCCAAUUAAGGCUGAUCUAUAUAACCCUUUUCUAGUGUUAUCACCCUUAAAGUGAGUUUGUAGCAGGUAAAGAACGUCAAAGUUCCUUGCAACAAAUCAACAGCAAUCCAAACGGGAGUGUCGGAGCAAGACAGCAAAUUCUUCGACAUAUCCCAACCCCUGCUGGCCUGUGGAAGGUGGGGUGGCAUUAUUAUUUGCUGUGUGUGUGGAUGCCAGGCUGGUGUAGCUGGGGGUGAUCUCUGCGGCUUUGGAUCCAGAGUCAUAAUUGUUUCAGCCUAAAACUACCAGCAACAGCUUCCCACCAAAAUGGACAAAACAAGAGUCUCGGCUAUGGCAAGCCGCCCUCCAACCAGUGUUCAUCCUCCUCACUAAUACAGGCUGGCAGAGAGGUGGCUACAUGCCAUCCAGUUCCCCAUGCCAUCCAGUUCCCCAUGCCAUCCAUACUGGGGUGUGGGUGUGUGUGGAUGGGUGCAGAAUUGUACUUUAAAAAAAGGCUCUUAAAAAGCAUCCAACAGACCAUUUCAGUAAUCAUGAUUUAGGCAGACAUGUGGUAAAAGUAAAACUUAAAACUGAACUAAUUCAGACAAAUGUUGAACUGAAAAUGAACCAAAAUUAUCAAACAUGUUACAGUGAUAUUAAUUUAAUUAAAGAAGGCUAAGGUGGUAGAAUGUAACAAUUAUUUAUAUAAAACAUUGACUGACACCCCCCACUUUCUGCACAAUAACCGGAACUCAAGGCAGCUAACCAUAAGAGAAAAAUUUCAGUUACGUAAGUUUUUUGUAAAAAGGCUGUGGUGACUGAUGAAGGCACUGGUCGGAACAGAACUUCCCAAGUGACCUAAGUAUUAGUCAUUUGGUUUAGGCUCAAUUGUUACUAUGCCAGUUAUCUUGCCAAGUGGUUCAGAAGGGGAAAGGAAAGUUUGUCCUUGGAAAAUCCAAAUUUCCACUUCAGUUGGUUAUUAUAAGCACCCUCAUAUAACUUGAACAAUUGGCUAAAGUUACUUGUCCUCCUCCCUUUCCCAUUUUCCCCCUGUUGUACCUGCCUGUUAUAUUGUAAACCUGGGAGAAGUAGCUGAUCUGGCAACCAUUUUUGCUGUAGAGAGGUAGAAAAAUAUAUUUCUAUAUAAAAUAAAUGCUGAUCUUUAUAUAUUUAUAUCCAUUGAACAGGCAUGGCAAAUUAAGAGAAAACCUAAAAUGACAGCCAUGUUGAGAACAGGCACUGCAGACAGAAUGAGUCGGCGAAGCAGCACCAGCAUCAGGGAUGGUAACUUACUGUGGAUGGGAGGCCUGUACUGGAUAGUGGGAAAUGAAUCUAGUUGCUCUUCAUGUAGUCUGUGAAUUAUAGGGGGAUCAGCCACUUUCCUUUUGUGACUGCCCCUUUAGCUACAAUUUUUAGAAAAUUAUGGGAGUGGUAUGACUAAAGUUGUGAGGGAGGAUGUCAGGAGAUGUGAUUUGUGAAUUUCAUUGGUACCCCCCCCCAACUCUCCCAUCCCCCCAAUUCAAGCACUGCCCUCAUAGAAGUGACUUGGCCCUAUCACUUCCAGUUGAAGAGAAUUCUGGAGGCUUAUGUUGAAAGCUAAGCUAAACAGUUUUCUUUAACUUAAUUUAAAUUUUGAGUGGGAAGUGCCAGCACAAUCCUAUACUUCUCUACUCUGAUGUCAUCCCUAUAGGGUUCAAUAGAACUUGUUCCUAGACGUAGCUAUAUAACUGCAGCUCUAAAUGUAUUAAGUAUUUAUAUAUGAAAACAUUUGAGGAUGGUGCUGCAACAACAACAAGCAGCCAAACUGCUUAAAAGAAUGGCUACAGUUGGUGACUCUUGGGUUCCUAGUAAAUCACAAGGUUGAUCCCAAACUCACAAGCCUAAAGUCUGUCCUGCAAUUAUUUAGUGAGUAUUUUAAAAUGUACAUUAAAAGACAUCAGCAAACCCAUCAGGAUUUUUCAGUUGGUCUGGACCUGCUGAUAAAUCCUGCAUUAGGGCUGCAAACCUAUAUGCAUUUACCUGGGAGCAAGUCCCAUUGUACUCCAUGGGACUAAAUACAAGGAAACAUGUUUUAGAGAUUGCACUGUAAAGUAAAUGAUAACAUAUGCAGUACAGAAUGAAGCAUAGCACUUUACUGCAGUUGCCCCAUCUUGCCAGCAGGAGGGCCCACACCUGCAAGCUGCUGCAAUCACCAAAGUUCCCCCAACCUUCCUUCCACCUCAUCCCAGCGCCUCUGCCGUUGCCCCUUCAUGUGCCACUUCUAAUCUAUGCCAUAAAUUAUUGGAAGAGCUCCAGGAAAUUGAAGUAUAGUUAGUAUACAAUGGCAAUUUAUAUUGUACUGUAACUUAUAGAAGUACUGAAAUCUACAGGGUCAGUACUAAGACUGUUGGGCUAGAGCCUGGAUUCAAAACGUCAUGCAGCCACGAUGCUCACUGUACAUACUGGGGUAAAUGGUAUAAUUUUCUUUUGGUGAAUGAUGUAUGCUGCCUGAAAUUCUCUGCCCACUUACUGGAGAGGAAGCGGCACCAAAUUCUUCCCUGAACUAAACUGGGAAACAAGCCACAGAGUGGCUGACUUAGUAGUAGACAAAAUUACUCACAGAGGAGGAGGAUGGGGACCUGGGCACCACCAACAUCACUUCCUAGGUGCUGGACCCGGUCUAGGUUCCAUAAGCCACCACUGGAUCCUAGGGAGGUUGUGGAUUGGCCUCAUAAGUGCACCCACUCCCCAUCUCUCCACAAGGCAGUUCACUGGCCUUGGACAGCGGGUGCAGUGUAUGGGUGCUCUGUCGCUACGGUCAAUGUAUGCUUCACUUUCUGGUCUCUCUUCUUCAAACUCUUGACUCCUGCUAAAUAUGCAUUAAUGAAUGAUGAUGUCAUUGCAAGCAAAUGAGGAGGUACCACAGGUGGGAGACCUGGAAGAGUAGAUCCCAUAUGUAUGCUGAUGACCAAAACCUCAUGAGGAUGGUUAAAAUCUGAAGUUUUUAAUGUUUGAUGUUUUAUUGUGUUUUUAAUAUUCUUGUUGGGAGCCACCCAGAGUGGCUAGGGAAACCCAGGGGUAUAAAUAAAUAAAAUAAAUAAUAAUAAUAAUGAUGAUGAUGAUGAUGCUCAAGAGAGAAGACCAAAUUGGGCGAUUCAGAUCCUAAAUUGUAGGACUUGGAAUGGAAAAAAUAUUCUCCAAAGACUUUUAACAGAGGGGGUGGGGGAUUAAAACGUCUUUGCUGUUUAAUGGAGGCACAUAGAGGACUUUCUUGGUUCUUUUUAGGGAGGAGCAUACCUAACAGUGCCUAUUAUGUAUUAAGAAAUCAGCUGGCUUAUUUUCUUUUCCCUCCUUCCUUUUCUAUAAUUAGCUUUUACUCAGUCCUUCCUUCGAGGACUGCAUUCCAGUAAUCUGAGCGCUUCAUAAAAAUAACAGCUAAUGCUUGGCCCCACAAUCCUGCUUUUUCUGCGCCUCCCACUUUUCCCUCUCGCUCGGUGGACGCACUUGCUCUCUUCCGCAUAUUUAAUAUGUAUUUUAAAUAUGCGCUGCCUUCAGAUAGGAUCAGACCCACUUUGCUUUGCUUCCAAUUCUCCUCCUCCCAUGGGGUUAUAAUAUAUGUUUUCAUCUGCUCGCUAUCUCCACCCCACCGUCCGAGAAACUAUUCCCCAGGCUAUGCCCGCCUGCUUUUCAAUCGGGGCAAAUACGAGCGGCGGUGAGGAUUUGCAUCGGGCUGACGGCGCAGGAAGUUAUCGUGAUGCGCGCCUGAUAGCCGCCCUCUUUUUCCUCGCUUUGUAAGAGAAAGCUGCAACUACCGCUUCAAUUCUGAAUCGGUACCUAGCUCGUGGUAGGGGAUCCAUGAGCCGUCUUUCCCGUACAAAUCAAGUUUCUUGGAGCUCCGGGCUGCUAUUUCAAUUAUGGCAAGUUUAUCUGACCAAGGAGGCUUCCGUCUCAAGCACUCAUGACGAUUCUUUAGGAACUCUCCUACUCCUGUCUCCUUUUAAAUUGAAAUAGUAUUUGACCAUAUUUACCAUAAUGCGUUCGUUAUAGGUUAGCGCGGCAUAGGCAAACUUUACAUCCUUUCUACCUAGACGCCUCUCAUUGAUCGUCUGGGACCACUCCACCUACACCUGUUCUUCUCAAAGCGCAGCGGCUUAAAGGGCUUUUGGACAACAAAUCCCAGUGUGCUCCGCGGCCCAGAACGUGCUUGCCAUUUCCUUCGCGGCUGCCCUCUAGGACUUGUAGUUUCCUCUAUCUUGUUUGCUAACUCCAGCCUUAUUCUGAAGUACUACUGUCCCGUGAUGCUCUUUCAUCAGUGAGAGUGGCGCGUGCGCGGUGGAAACUGGCAGAGGCCUUAGCGGUCCAAAGCUUGUUUGCACCCCGUGUUCCUCUCCUUGAGGCAAUUGAGCCCCCUGAGGUGAGUUAUUGAGACAUAUAUUUAGGAGGUUACUCUCCAGAAAGUAGAGGGGAGGAAUUUUAGGCAACGGAGACGGCCCUGCAAGAUUAAGGGAGGGCGUUUGGGAGCCUGCCAUAGGCAAAAAAAGAAAGAAAACAAGAAAGCAAGGGGAGGAAGAGUUGUGUCGGUCUCACAAUUCUGUGCAGAAGGGCAGGGCAUGGGUAGAGGUUAAACUAGUCUGCAAAGGGAUUUUUUCCUAGUUCUAACAGAGAGAGAGAGAGAGAUGCCGUUCAAGUAGAAGGGAACACGUUGGCUUCUCCUCUAAUACCGGUCUGCAGUCACUGAAAUGAAAGGGUGUGUUUUCUGACUUGGAACAGGGUGCGCUGAAAUUCUCUAUACCCACUGAAGUGCUUUGCAUAAGAAGUGUUUUUAUAAAGGAGCUGUUUCCUGGUGAAACUGGAAGAGAAGGUGUGUUAGUGGUUGUGCAAAUGUGGCUGUUGAUGCACCUUUUUUUUCUACAGAGGACGGGAAGAUGAGUAGCUCUGAGGAAGUGUCCUGGAUUUCCUGGUUCUGUGGCUUGCGUGGCAAUGAGUUCUUCUGUGAGGUGAGUUGGGAUGAAGGCCUCAACAAAUGUGUGUGUGGAUUUUGUGAGAGAGGGGCUGGGAGCUAGGAGUUGGGAUGCUGCCACCACCGUUCUCCAUGCGUGGCAAUGAAUUCUUUUGUGAGGUGAGUUGGGAUUAAGACCUUAGUAUGUUUGCGUGUUAAAGCUAUGGUUUUCCUAGUAGUGAUGUAUGGAAGUGAGAGCUGGACCAUAAAGAAGGCUGAUCGCCAAAGAAUUGAUGCUUUUGAAUUCUGGUGCUGGAGGAGACUCUUGAGAGUCCCAUGGACUGCAAGAAGAUCAAACCUCUCCAUUCUUAAGGAAAUCAGCCCUGAGUGCUCACUGGAAGGACAGAUCCUGAAGCUGAGGCUCCAAUACUUCAGCCACCUCAUGAGAAGACUCCCUGGAAAAGACCCUGAUGUUGGGAAAGAUGGAGGGCACAAGAAGAAGGGGACGACAGAGGACGAGAUGGUUGGACAAUGUUCUAGAAGCUACCAGCAAGAGUUUGACCAAACUGCAGGAGGCAGAGGAAGACAGGAGUGCCUGGCGUGCUCUGGUCCAUGGGGUCACGAAGAGUCAGACACGACUAAACAAUUAAACAACAACGUUUGCAUGUAGUUUUAGUAAGAGGGGCUGGGAGCAAAAUGGCAUGAUUCCCCCCCUACAAAAAAAUAUCCUAACUCUGUAGUAGGAAGGGUGUUGGCAGUGAACAAGGACUCCUGGGUUUCUUGAGAGGAUGAAGAGUUUUAUAUAUUAGUUGGAAGUUCAUGGAAAUCUUAGGAAGCUAGUUACUUGCAUUGUAAUGCUGUACUUGUCUACUCAGAAAAAACCCCAAUGCCACUGAGUUCAAUGGAGCUUACUGCCCAGUGAGUGAGUAUAGGAUGAGAUGUCAAAUAGACUGAGGGUAUCUGAGAAGUCAGAAUAGGUCACUUGGUAGAGACAAUAGUUUAUUUGGCUGAUCUUCAGUUUGAGUAUUUUUUAUUUCUAUUCUAGGUAGAUGAAGAUUACAUCCAAGACAAGUUCAACCUGACUGGCCUCAAUGAGCAAGUUCCCCACUAUCGCCAGGCCUUGGAUAUGAUCCUUGAUUUGGAACCAGGUGAGAGAUGGUUCUUUUUGUUUUACUGAUUACAUCUCAGACCACCUGACAUUUGGGACUAAGAGUAAAUGUGGUCAGUGGUCACAGGGUUAUCCUAAUGAGGGCACACUGCUACCCUAAAGCAUCUUGCAUAUUUUGGAAUGACUAGACUUCAAGUUUCAUUUUGGUGUGUAAUAAGAAUUUACAUAGCAUGGGUACAAGAUUAUUAUUAUUAUUAUUAGUGGCAAGGUGCUUCUGUUUAUCCUGCAGGACUUGAUCUCCUUCCGCAGGGCCUGUAAGACAGAGCUAUUCCACCUGGCCUUCAGUUUGAAUUAACCUGAUCCUCUAUUCCCUUUUCCCUUUCCUCUUCUAUGAAGAAACCGUUUCUGGGACCCCACAUUUAAAUUCUUCCCUGGUCUCCUUGCUGGCCCUAGUAGGACCAACUUGGGCAGUUAGCCCUGGUGAUCAUUUGAUGUCUACUGACUGGGUUCCCCCCCCAUGACCCCUGAAUUUUUGAAUUUUAUUUAUAUUGAUGCUGUUUUUAAGUUAUAUUUAAUCAAUGUUUUAUAUUUGCUGUUAGCCGCCCUGAGCCCAGUUUUUAAACUGGGAAGGGCGGGGUAUAAAUAAAAAUUUAUUAUUAUUAUUAUUAUUAUUAAUCUACAUAAAGCACAGAUCUCUGAAAGCCUGUCUGUGAGAUUAUUAAUUUGAGACAACUUCCUGUUAAAAAAUGGCAAACAAACCAAGAGAGGGCUAGUUAAAUACUACCCUAAAAAUAUUUUUUUGUAUUCUGCUAAAACAAAAUUGUGCAUACUGCUCAGAAUGUCAAAAUCCUCCUCUGAUUUUCUACUCUAACAUUAGUGCACAUGGGGAACUGGAAUUGAAGUUUCUGAGACUUCAUUAAAAGCAGAGGUUAAGUAUUUGCAAGGAUGUAAAUUAUUGGGCCAGUUCUGUGGAGCAGCUUGCCUUGGAAACCAUACCUUUUGGAAAUCCUGAUUAUGUGUUCUUAAUUAAAUAUUAAUUAAAUAUUUUUAAAUUUAAUUUAUAUUCUGUCUUUCCAUAUGAAGUUGCCUAUUUCAUGUAUCUGAUAAAUAGCAUAGAUGUCAUUGGGUUGAACCCAACAAAAUCAUUGCAUGAGCAGAACUGCUUCCAUUCACACAACAGAACCACUCCCCCCCGCCACUCCCCGCAAAUCUCUGUGGUUUGGUGGAACCGCUAGAGCAGGGAGUGGAGAGUUCAGUUGUGCAAGCAGUUGCUUUGUUAGAUACAACCCAUAGUCUUAUUAGAGAAGCCAAGAUCAGAAACCUAUAAAGACUUCUGAUACUUUCCCUCCUUAAUUAUUCUGUACAUCUGGCAAAAAUAGUGAAUAUGUUUUGUCAAUAAGUUGUACAGCUAGAAUUUGGUGUGCUAAUUGUACAUGUGCAGUGCUAGCAUUGAGGUAUAAUGUGGUCUUAGAAACUGUUCAUAUCAGAUGAUGCAUCUUUCUACCCUUGCUUUUGACUCUUGAGGUGUAUAAUUUUUUGACCCACCUUAUUUCUGUGAUUGUAAGGUGUUUUAAAAUGUUGUUAAUACUGUGCUUUAAUGUUGUAACCUGCCCUGGGUCCUUAGGGUGAGGGGUGGGAUGAUGAUGAUCAAUUGUUUCAGCAGUGGACUCGAGCACAUGACGGGGAACCUUCAUUCUUCUCUGUCAGAGUCUCUAUGGCCCUCCUGUACUUUUCUUAUAUUAGCUCUUGACUUUUUCCUGUUCUCUUGUAGAUGAGGAGCUUGAGGACAACCCUAACCAGAGUGACUUGAUUGAACAGGCAGCUGAAAUGCUCUACGGCCUCAUCCAUGCCCGCUACAUCCUCACAAACCGUGGAAUUGCCCAAAUGGUGAAUGUCUAUGCUGUUGUAUAAGCAGGUCAUCCUGUAACUUAUUUGCUAAUGCUAAUAUAGCCACAUUGAGAUCAGAGGCAAUGAAGUCAAGAAGGGAAAGGCACUUUAACUUAUACUAUAAUAUCCUCUUGGCUGUCCUAAGUGGCCAGUGAUAGACCCGAUUUGGAAAACCUUAAAGGCUAUUAUUGAUGACCUCAUGACCUAACCAAUCUUUCUUUGGAGUUGUCUUCCCACAAUGUGGAGAGGAAGUCCUAAUUUCUUUUGCAAACACUUUCUUUUUUCUAGCUUGAGAAAUACCAGCAAGGAGACUUUGGUUACUGCCCCCGAGUUUAUUGUGAGAACCAGCCCAUGCUGCCCAUUGGUGAGUUUGUGUACUGGGGAAGAGGUUUUUUAGGAGCUAAUGGGAGGGGUCUAAAGUUGAAUUGCAUGUCAGAGUUCUUGAGUAGUGCAAUAAAGUUGUACUGAAUUGGAGGGAAUCCAGGAGGGUUGCAGGUAGGAUCAAAACUUGAGGGUGGAUACUUGCGCAAACAGGCUAUUUCAGAAUUUUUAUUGUUGAAUUAUCUGUUUAAAAGGCUUGAAAACUGCUCAUCUUAGAACUGCCAACACUUAGGUUUGAUGUUGGGUCUGAGCCCCAAAGCCACCUCUUUUUUGAACUUUGCUUUCUUCUUCACUCCUAGGCUUAUCUGAUAUCCCAGGGGAGGCCAUGGUUAAACUUUACUGCCCUAAGUGCAUGGAUGUCUACACCCCCAAAUCUUCCCGCCACCAUCACACAGAUGGGGCCUAUUUUGGGACAGGCUUCCCCCACAUGUUGUUUAUGGUGCACCCGGAGUAUCGGCCGAAACGACCUGCUAACCAAUUUGUGCCCAGGUAAGACUGCUUCAAAAGAUGUCAGGUGAAAAUAUUCCAGGAAAGUAUUGGGAUCACAGGUUUAUCCUUCCUUGCUGCUUAAAUUCAGCCAACCAAAUCCACAUUUUUUCUUGUUACUUCCAUUGGGUGCUUGUUACUCAUAUCCUUUCCAACUAACCUGCUUGAGGGCCAGCCAUACCCAGUCAUGAGGUAAUCUCUCACACAUGCAGCCACAGCCACACAUACUUUCACCAAGAAAAUUCCAGCUUCCUGGCAAAAAUAUCCUCCUACUAGUAAGGAGUCAGGAUUUGCUGAAGGUUUCUACCACAAAGUAGAAACCUCAGGUAUCCUUGGUGGCAAAAGAAAGCCUGAGAGCAGAACUGCCUUUUGGCUGGGCCAGCACUGCUUAGCUGACCUGCCCAGCUUAUUGCUACCCAUUCCAUCACUUGAAUGGAGAUACUGAGAAGGCUGAGAUGCAGGCUGGCUCAAAAGUGGUAUCCAGCUCUGUUCAGGUUGGGCUGGGCUGCUUGCCUCCCAAUAGUUUGCAUAUGAAGUAGGGUUGGGCAGUAUCUGGUUUUCAGUAUCAUGCUACAACACCAGCUUCACAUUGCAAUAUACCGAUAUAUCACAAUGUCUGAAAUAAGGAUGGAACCAUGUAGAAGCAAAUGGGGCGAUGUCCUGGCAACUGCUACCUGGACAGAGAGAGGUGGGAAGGAAGAAGCAGCCAAACCUUGUGUUGAUUCCUGGAUGAGGUGGCGUGGAGACUGAAAGCGGAAGAGUGAGAGGAGAUGCUGGAGAGAGAACCCCCCACCCCCAUAUCCAGAUAGUCAUAAGGAGAAGUCUUAUACUCGCGAUAUUUCCGGGGUGGGGGGAGAUACAUUACUUCCCGAUGGAGAAGAGAAGUAAUAAAAGUACUCCCAAGGUCGGAGCCUAUUCAGAAGAGAGACUAGUCACCCCAUAAAUAAGCAAUUCAUCCGGAGAAGUGACAAUCCAGGGCAAGUCAUCCCAGCUGCUCACAUUCCCUUAACAACGCUCCCUCACACGCCAAUUCCCCCCACAAAUUGUGACGUGGUCUGAAGUCCACAAAGAAACCAUUUGCUUAAUUUUAUUACUUUUUAUUAUUUUUUUAAUGGGGGGGGGAAUGAUGAGAAUCAGAUACGUAUCUGUGUUCCUUUCUGAAGAGAGCCAGAAGGAAGGAAACAGGAGGCAGGUGAGCCCUUGCAUUUGGAAGGCAAACUCCUUCCACUCCUCCCUAGACAGAAAGAGGGAGAAGGAAGAAGCCGGAACCUCAGUUCUUGGAUGGGAUGGAGUGAGAUGCUGAAGAGGACCCCCCCCCACACCCAUAGGGAGAAGCCUUCGCCUCCCUACACACAGCCUUGCAGGCAGUGCUGUGGGUGAUGGGGUGGGCAGGGUGGUGGGCUGAGAUGAGCCCCAGGGAAGGAACUGGAGAGGGAAGGCAGCAAGUGGGCACUACAGUUACAGGGUGGGGGGCACCAAGGCUGGCACUGUCCUCCUCUUAGUGAUGUGUUCCUAAUGGGUGUUCAGUUUGAAAAUUAAUGGAAGUUUAUCCAUACCUUUUACUGAAAUACCUGGUAGCUGUUUGAGCUUUUCUUCCCUGAAUCUUACAUUUUAACCCUUCACUUUUCUAUUUCAGACUUUACGGAUUCAAGAUCCACCCUAUGGCUUACCAGCUGCAGCUUCAGGCCGCCAGCAAUUUUAAGAGCCCAGUCAAAACUAUUCGUUGAUCUUCUACAUCCAGGUGCUCAGGGUCCUUCCCUGAUAACUCCCUUUACCCCAGUCAGGGCUGCUCAUACUUUGUUUUGAUGAAGUCCCCUGCAGAUUAUUCUUUGUCACUCUCCAGCCUGAUUUUUAGUCUCAUUUCUGGUGUGUGGUUUAAAUUAAUAAUAAACAAUUUCUGUUAAUUCCCAGAAACACAGACUGUGACAGGAAAAUUCAAUAACCAACUUGAAUGUCAUGAUUUUGUGGGGCUUUUUUUCUUUUU